AUGAUCAACUCAUUCGCUCUCAUUUCUUUGCUCUUCGCAUGCUUUUCAGCUGCUGCACCCUAUCCCACUCGCCAGCGCCAUCCCAUAAACCGACGAGAUAUUGAUACCGACCCCUCCCACUGUCCCAAUUUCUGCGCCGGCACGAACUCCACCGACAACUCAACCCUUUACAUCUGCGGGGACCCCCGCCUAGGCCCCGUCUCCCUCCCCACCGCCCUCCCCCUGGCAUCGCUCGCAGGAAGCGCUUCGUCCUACCACCGAUUCGGCGGUAUGUGUCCCGGUGACUUCCUCGCCCGCUACACGGACCCUACCACCGGUUUCUUCGUCUACCCGAUCCUCAAUGGCUUCCAUACCAGCACCAUCGGCGCGCCUAUCGCUGCAAAUAUGACGCUCCAGCGCGGUACGCUGCUCGAUCGCUUCGGAAGUGAACGCGGAAAUUUCAUGUCGCCUGCUGGCUCGCCGUAUGCGCAGAGAUCGCUGCCACCGAGCAAUUUAGAUGCGGCGCCUGGUGCGGAGUUCCCAUGGAACUACCACGUUUAUGAAGUCGAGGUACCUUUUGUAGUGCUGGCAGGUCCAAUUGCGCCGUGGUUUGGACAGGUGGGAUUGGGGGUACAGUUUCAGAUGGAAAAAAGUGUGCAGAGGUUAGUGGAAGGUGGGUGGAUUGGUAGAGUGAAUUUGACGGCUGUGAGUUGAGUGGAAGAAGAGGUAGAAUGUGAUGAGAUGUAGGCGAUGAAAAGAUGAGUUCAACGACGUCUGUGUUGGGGGAAGAAAACGAUGAUGAAGAGCUACGUGGAAGAAGCAUAUAGUUCAAGUAAUACGAGAGCGACUAUAGGUUACAGACUCGCGUCUCGCAAAAGCCCUAGCGGAGCUGUGCGGUACUCCUUCCUGUGCGCUACCUUUGACAGUAAUCGCGCCGCUUCAACACGUUCUCAGUAAUCUGAAAAUACCUAGAUCCUGUGCCGGCAAUACGGUAAUUGGCAUUCAGUUGCUCCAGAUCGAUUAGCUCGUUAACUGGACCCUUUAAAGAGGUCGACCCUAGCAAUGUAUGUCAGCUAGAGUGGCGUUCAACCAGUGACCACGUG